AUAAAGACAACGAGCACUGCCAGAAAAUGCCAAUUGGACAGUAAGCAACCCAGUCAAACGUCUCCAACUUUUGCCUGUGCACUGCCAAAAGCUGACGUGAAAAGCAAAGAUGAAGACUGAAGUGUUGAUAGGCAUGUUCGCCCUUAUGAUGGUGGCUCCAUCUGUUCACUGUUACACCUCAGGACAGGCAACCCAGUUCUACAGCAUGGACCUCGAAAAAGUCGCAGGGAGCGGCGACUUCGUGUCAAGGGCCGACAACCUUCGCAUCGAAUGCUACAACAUCUUCCAUGCCUAUGAGGGGUGUUCAGCGCUGGUCUUUCGUGGCAGCGGUUCCAGAAAUAUCUACUGGUACGCAGAUGACGACGGCUUAAGUAGGAAAUCUACUGCCAGCGAUGGAACAACUUACGUCGUGUGGAAGAACACCCGCGGUCAGAAUGUUAGGAAGAGUGUAAGCGAGGUCAAGUCGAUCGCGAGAACCGUCAUCCAGAAGUCUUACGGGGAUGCGCGAGCCAGAGUUUACUACAUAAAGGGCGAACUUGCAAGUUCUUUAAGUGUGCGCACUGCCGGCGUCUACUGUGCAAGCUCCAGUAUUCCGGCCGCGGCAAGAUGGUACGGGGCCCAAGAUUAUUACGUCCAAAGAGUUUACUCCGGGGGUUAUUACUGCGACUUCUGGCUGUACGCCUGGUGAAUCAACAACGCAGACCAAUUCUGGCGCGACAGCUGUAACAGCUGUAACUGAUAUAUGAAACCGAUUUGUGAUUGACGAGUUGAUUUGGAAACUGUAGUUUACAAAUUGCAUUCUGAAAAUUUGGUUUUGUGACUUUGAAAAGAGCUUAUAAUAAGUAAAGUGGGAAAAAAAUCAGUCAAAAUUCCUUUUAAAAAAAAGCUAGUCUUCAUUUAGUAUUUGUUUUGUCCGACAAGCGGCUGACUUAAACUUCUAAAUAUUCACUGACAGGUAAUUAAAUGACGUUAUAAUACAAAAAUUUCUGCUGUAGACAGUCAGAAAAAAACUGAAUAUACACGAAUGAAAAGUAAAUUAUUCUAUCUAAAUUAAUUUUCAGCAUGAACUAAUUGUUUGACCAAUAAUUUCGCUUUCUCUAAAUUAAUUAGGAAUAAAUCACCAAACGCAUUUGUUUAUUUAUUUUUUCUCUACUGUAUGUAUCAUUUUGAAGAAAUGCCUCUUUUACCAUAAAUUCUGAAUCAAACUAUUUUCCCAGAUCACUUAAAAGGCACCAUACAUAGCUUUCUGGAAAUGACAAUACUGUUGAGGAGCGUCACUGA